AAAUAAUUUGACAGCCGAAGUGUCACGCAUUGAUCGAAAAAAGAAGACAUUCAAUAUUUUGUGAAAAUUUUCUGCUCCACAGAAAACGCUCAUUUUGUUUUUCUCAAGCAGAUCAGAAGUAUCCGAAUUCCAAUUUUCAACAUGAACAACGUCAAGACCGUCAGCCGUCUGGCACAAUUGUCUGCCCGUCAAAUCACAUCAUCAGCAGCCAAUAAUUCGAAAAUGGAAGUGCAUCCCGGCUACAAACAGUUGAAGGAGCUGCAGAAAAAGUACCAGGCUAAUGACGGAAAGCCAGUGCAUUUGAAACGUCCAGGUGAUAAGGCUUUGUUGUAUCUAACCUUCGCUGGAUGUGGAGCUGGAUUGGUCGGUGUUGCGCAAUUGUUCUACCAACUUUCGUAAAUUCAACAGUUCGAUCGAUUCGUUGAGAGGUAUAGUCGUCGGAUAAUAUUGUAAACUUAGUCAAAAACAAAAAAACAAAAAUUCAAAUGAAAGAUGAAAAAACGUAGCAGAAUGAAAGUUUUCAAUUUAGUUUUUGGAAAAAAAUCCUGAAUAACAAUUCAAUUGAAACGAAAGUUUCCAAACCAAAAAUCAACAAUGGAUCGCAUACAUAACGGGUUACAGUAAAGGUACAUUUCCAUUCAAACAUUUCAUUCAAACUUUAUGUUUCGUUGAUGAUUGACUUAAGUAUAAUGCAUUUUGAACAAUAAAAGUUGCUUUUAUUUUCAUUGA